CAUGGAAGACUUUAAACGAUUUCGCAAUCUUGAGACAUUAACUUUACAAAAAAAUGCAAUCGAACGUUUACCUAGAAAUAUAUUUAAAAAUUUGAAUAAUACCAGAAUUAACUUAAAUGAUAAUCCAUUAUGGUGCGAUUGCCAAUCUGCUUGGUUGUCUGAAAUUGCUAUUAAAAAUCAUAGGAUAAUUGGUUCUUGUUACUAUCCUGAGAAAUUAAGGCAUAUGAAAUUAAGUUACAUUGACGUGGAUAUGCUGAAUUGUGAAUUUCCAAAAAUACUGAUACAUCCCGAAGAAACCGUAGUAGCGUUAGGAAAUGAAGCUUUCUUUCGUUGUAAAUCUUAUGGAAAUCCUCAGCCAUAUCAGAUGUGGUAUCAUAAUGAAUUUUUAUUGAAAACUGAUAAAUCGUCAAAAUUUUCAAUUUUAAAUGAUGGAACAUUAAUGAUUAGUAAUGUUACUCACUCAGAUGUGGGAUUGUAUCAUUGUGCUGCUCAGAAUGCCGUAGGAAAAAUUGAAUCCGACGUGGCAAGAUUACGAAUUAAAGGACGGAAGAAAGAAGGUGCGGAACCCCCUGUUUUUAUUGUGAAACCUCAGAGUGUUGAAGUUUUAGCUGGUGAAUUCCUUACAUUAAAAUGUGCAGCAUCCGGUAAUCCACUUCCUAAUAUUACGUGGUUUAAAAAUGGAGUUGAACUCGUUGAAAGUUCUCGAGUUUCUCACGGAGGAUCUGGAGUCCUUGUUAUACGAGACAUAAGGAUGGCAGACAGAGCCCACUAUAUUUGCGUUGCGACAAAUAAACACGGUAGUAUAAACAGUCAUGCGUCUGUUGAAGUUUUUGAGAAACCGACAAUAAUUAAACGUCCAAGAGAUAAAGUGACCAAAUUGGGUGAAAUGGUAACUUUUCAUUGUGAUACAGAAGGUUUCCCUACACCUAUUGUUGAGUGGACCCUUAAUGGCCAUCCAACGCCCAGAGUUUUCGGUGAUCCUCAUAUUAGCUUCGAGCUAGAUGCUGCUAUGUUACGUAUUUUAGGCGUUCAAAAGUCGGAUUUAGGUGUUUACCAAUGCAAAGCGUCUAACUCAGUUGGAAGCGUUGUUAGGAGAGCAACUUUAUCUAUUAAGGAACCAGAUAUUCCAGUUUUUUCUGUUACUCCUUAUGAUGUUGUUGCACCUCAAAAAUCGACAGUGUCUUUCAAGUGUUCGGCAAGAGGAUCUCCUGAACCGUAUAUACUUUGGAAGCAUAACAAUAGAACAAUACAUUCAUCAAAGAAGUUCUAUGUGGAACGUGGACUACUUAAAAUAAAUGACCUCAGUUUGAACGAUAGUGGUAUUUACCUUUGCGAAGCAAGUAACGCUGCUGGCUCUAUAAAUACAUAUGCUAAACUUUUUGUAACUAACCAAGUCGCAAAAAAGGCUGAAGUGGACACUAAAGUAUUAAAUUUCACAAUAAAAGAGGCUAUGAAGAGCGUUGAAUCAGCUGUCGAUAAAACUGUUGAGCAAUUACAAUCUGGUCGAUCGAGAACACCUAACGAGUUAUUGGAUUUAUUUAGAAGGCCAUCUCAUCUUGUUAGAUCCCUAUCUGGGCCUGCUGAUAUUCUUGAAAGAACUUUGGAAAUACUUGUGAAUAAGUUAGAGGGAACACAAUUAAAAAAUGUAACGAAUAAAGCAAAAAAUCUGGAUAUAACGGAGGAGAACGUUUUCUUAUUAGCAAAUUUAUCUGGCUGCAUGGUUUCAUUAUACGAACCUAGUUGUUCGAGAUUAUGCUAUCAUAACAAGUUUCGAUCAAUUAAUGGUUCAUGUAAUAAUUAUCAAAAAACCACAUUCGGUGCUGCUCUAACCCCUCUAAUACGGCUUUUACCGGCUCAAUACGAUAACGGUUGGACAACACCUAGAGGAUGGAACGAAGAAAAAUUACAUAAUGGUUUCCAAUUAGCAAGCGCUAGGGCAAUAUCUAUUGCCUUUACUAAGCAUAGGAAUACCGUCCAUGAUAAAUAUUCUCAUAUGCUCAUGCAAUGGGGUCAAUUUCUUGACCACGAUAUAACUUUUACGCCGCAAGCCGCAAGUUUAGCCAGAUUUUCUGACGGUAGAUUUUGUAAUGAAAGCUGCUCUAAUGAAGCUCCAUGCUUUCCUAUAAGAAUACCCGAUGAUGAUCCAAGAAUACUUAGACGAAAAUGCAUGGGAUUUACUAGAUCCUCAGCUAUCUGUUCGUCAGGUUUAACAUCUAUUUUAACCGGUCAAGUAUCAUUUAGAGAGCAAAUUAAUCAGAUAACAGGAUGGAUAGAUGCAUCAAAUGUAUACGGAAGUGAUGAAGAUGAGACUAGAAUGUUAAGAGAUCUUUACUCUGAUUCCGGUUUAUUAAAAGAGGGUAUUUACUUAAAUGGAAAGCCUCUUCUUCCAUAUCAUGAAGGUCGGGGUGCUAUUGAUUGUCAAGUUGACCCCAAUAGCGCCCAUAUACCUUGCUUUCACGCUGGCGAUCAUAGAUCUAAUGAGCAGCUAGGGUUAUUAUCAAUGCAUACAAUCUUUUUUAGAGAACAUAAUAGAAUAGCAAAACGUUUAAAAAGUCUGAAUGUUAGAUGGGACAAAGAGUUUAGUUUUUAUGAAACUAGAAAAAUUGUGGGAGCUCUGAUGCAGCAUAUAACCUACAAACAAUGGCUACCUAAAGUUAUUGGUAUUAAGGGCAUGAAAUUGCUAGGAGAAUACAAAGGAUACAAUCCCACUGUAGAUCCGUCAAUAAGUAACGAAUUUGCAACAGCUGCAUUUCGUUUCGGUCACACACUUAUUCAACCACAACUGUUGCGAUUAAAUAGCACAUUUGAUGAAGACACUCAUGGGCAUUUAUCAUUGCAUCGAGCUUUUUUUGCUCCUUUUCGCCUUUUAGAAGAGGGUGGUAUAGACCCUAUUUUGAGAGGGUUGUUUCACUCAAAACUAAAGAGACCCGAUGGUGGUCUAAAUAAAGAAUUAACCGAGAAGCUAUUUAAAUUUGCGCAUAGAAUAGCUUUAGAUUUAUUAGCUCUUAAUAUACAGAGAGGAAGAGAUCACGGCCUCCCACCGUAUGUAAAAUAUAGGGAAAAAUUUGGCCUAUCUCCAGUGCGAAGCUUCCGUGAUCUAUCUGAGAUAGUGCAAGAUCCAAGCAUGAUAACGCUAUUAGAAGAGGUAUAUGGCUCGGUUGAAAAUAUUGAUUUGUAUAUAGGCGGCAUAUUAGAGAAAUAUCCUGAAGAUGCGUUAAUUGGAGAUACUUUCCUUCAUAUACUUGUAGAUCAAUUUAAACGUUUAAGAGACGGUGAUAGGUUUUGGUACGAAAAAGAAGGUGUAUUUACUAAAGAUCAGUUGGCUCAAAUUCAAUUAACGACACUAGAUGGAAUUAUUUGUGAAAAUAGCGAUAAUAUUAAAAACGUUACUAAAGACGUUUUUAUUUUCUCGAAAAAUUUUACGGAUUGUAAAGCCGUACCGAAAAUGAGUUUUGAGCCUUGGGCUGAAUGUUGUACUGACUGUAAAAACGCGGGACAAUUUUUUGUUCAAACUACUGAUAAAUAUUCAACAAAAUCAAGAAGAAAACGAUCUACUGACACUGUAAACGAUGACGAAGACGUGAUGGAGACUGUUGAUUUGGUUGAUAGACGUAUUGAGGGGAUGGAAAUGGCAAUGAGCGAGAUGAAAAUGAGAGUCAGAUCAAUGUAUAGAAAGUAUCAAAACUUAGAGAAACGUCUACGAAGAGCAUAA